AUGUUUAUUAUUCAUACAGUAGAAUCCAUAUCAUCAAUAUCCAAAUAAUUUACCACAAAAAGCUGUGAUUCAAUGGCCAUUAUUUCUUUUAUGAUUAUGGUUGCAUACAUUCUUGUUCCUUCUGUCAAAAUUUCCACAGCAAUUGAUUCUAUUGAUGUGUUCCAAGGUGUGAGUGAUGGAAAGACAUUGGUGUCAAAAGGUAGAAAGUUUGAACUUGGUUUCUUCAGUCCCAACAAUUCCACCAAACGUUACUUGGGAAUUUGGUACAAGAACAUCCCAAUUCAUACAGUUGUUUGGGUUGCCAAUGGGGCCAACCCCAUCAACAAUUCCUUUGGCAUAUUAACACUAAAUAGCACAGGCAAUCUCAUGCUAACCCAAAAUGGGUCUAUUGUUUGGUAUACAACCUCAGAAAAACAAGCACGGUAUCCAGUGGCAACACUUUUGGACAGUGGCAACCUUGUGGUUAGAAAUGAAGGAGAAGCAAAUUCAGAAGCUUACUUAUGGCAAAGCUUUGACUAUCCAUCUGAUACAUUUUUGCCAGGAAUGAAGUUGGGAUGGGACUUUCGAAGUGGUCUUGAAAGGAGAAUCACAUCCUGGAAGAGUCCAAACGAUCCAUCUCCUGGACAGUUUUAUCGAAGUUUAGUGCCGAAUCCUUAUCCUGAGUUCUAUUUAAUGAAUGGAACACACAAGUUCCUUCGGUUUGGACCGUGGAAUGGCCUAUACAUUAGUGGCACCGUAUAUGUAAGGACCAGUCUUUCUACUUCCACAAAAUUUGUCUUCAAUAAGGAUGAAUUGUAUUACAUGUAUAUCAUCAAGAAUGAUUCUAUGCUCACUAGAGUGGUAAUAAAUCAAACCAGUUAUACUCAUGAUGGCUUCCUUUGGAACGAAGGUGAUAACACAUGGCACAAAACUUUAUCAUUUCCAAGGGACUAUUGUGACUCUUACGUUCCUUGUGGACCCUUUGGGAAUUGCAUUGCUACAGAGUCGCCAGCGUGCCAAUGCUUAGAAGGAUUCAGUCCAAAGUCCCCUCAAGCAUGGAACUCAUCUGAUUGGACUGGAGGAUGUGUCCGCAAUAAACCAUUAAACUGCAAAGACAAACACACUGAUGUAUUUGUAAAAUUUGAAGGGCUCAAACCGCCAGAUACUUCGCAUACAUGGCUAGAUGAGAAGAUUGGUUUAGAAGAAUGCAAAGAAAAGUGCUUGAAUAAUUGUUCCUGUACAGCAUAUGCAAAUUCAGACAUAAGAGGAGGAGGUAGUGGUUGUGUCUUGUGGUUUGGAGAUCUCAUUGAUAUUAAACAGUUUUCAGGUGAUGAGAUAGAUCUAUAUAUUCGAAUGUCUGCUUCGGUGAUAGAUUACUCCUUUUCAGGUGAUCAAGAGCCUCAUAAUGGUCGCAAGAAAGUAACAAUAGUUGUUACCACUGUAGUUCCAAUUUGCGGGAUACUUUUGCUUUGUAUUUAUUUUAUCUACAAAGUCCGUAAAAGCAUUGCUGGAAAGUCAAAGACAGAAAAUAACAUGGAUGAUUUGGAUCUCCCGUUGUUUGAUCUGCAAACAAUUAAGACUGCUACUAUGAACUUCUUGAUAGAGAAUAAGAUUGGAGAAGGCGGUUUUGGACCUGUAUAUUGGGGAAAGCUAGUAGAUGGACAAGAAAUUGCUGUGAAAAGACUUUCAAGAAACUCAAGACAAGGCAUGACCGAGUUCAUAAAUGAAGUAAAGCUAAUUGCAAAACUUCAGCACCGAAAUCUAGUAAAGCUCCUAGGUUGUUGCAUUCAAGGACAAGAAAAAUUGCUAGUUUAUGAAUACAUGCCUAACGGCAGCUUAGACUCCUUUAUUUUUGAUCAUAACAAAGGUACGUUGCUACAGUGGCCUCAUCGCUUUCACAUAAUAUUUGGAAUUGCUCGAGGACUUUUGUAUCUUCAUCAAGAUUCUCGGUUAAGAAUUAUCCAUAGAGAUCUCAAAACAAGUAAUGUCCUACUUGAUGAGAAGUUGAAUCCCAAGAUAUCAGAUUUUGGAUUAGCUAAAGCUUUCGGAGGAGAUGAGAUUGCAGGAAAUACAAAUAGAGUAGUUGGAACUUAUGGAUACAUGGCACCAGAGUAUGCUGUUGAUGGGAUAUUUUCAGAUAAAUCUGAUGUUUUCAGUUAUGGUGUCUUAUUGUUGGAGGUUAUAUGUGGGAGCAGAAACAGAGCCCUUUGUCAUGAGAAUCACACCUUUAACCUUGUUGGUUAUGCGUGGACACUUUGGAAAGAGGGCAUGGCUUCACAAUUGAUAGACACAAAUAUAAAAGAAUCAUGCAUUAUUCCAGAAGCAUUACGUUGCAUUCAUAUUAGUCUCUUAUGUGUGCAACAAUAUCCAAAAGAUAGGCCUACAAUGGCUUCAGUGGUUCGAAUGUUAGGGAGUGAGAUGGAGAUAAUUGAGCCUAAAGAGCCAGGCUACUAUCCGAAUGUUUCCGAUGAAGCAAAUUUACCCUUAAAUCAAACUGGAAUGAGUGAGUACAUCGAAUUAACUGAUACUACAUUAGAUGGUAGGUAAAAUUAAAAUCAAAUUAUGUUAGUUUGCACUACAUUAUGCUGUAUAUGGAUGCUCUGUACCUAGCGAAGGACUUCAAAUGUGUUGGCUAUGGUAUACUUGUGCAAUUUAAUAUAUU